UUCGUUAAAGCUCAGAUUAUUAUCAUUGUGGAUAGUUAGAGAGAGAAAGUGAAAGCUAGAGAGAGAGAGAGAGAGAGAAAGAGAGAUAGAGUUUUGGGUUGGAGUUAGGUGGUGGCCGGUGGAGGCGCGUGGCUCAAGUUUCGCCAUUUUCUUCUUCUUAUUCUUCUGUAAGAAGCUAAGCACUGAGUAGCAAUGGAGGUGUGUGGCAAAUCUAUGGUAUCAUCAGGGCCUGCUAAUGUGAUUUACCUGUCGACUAUUCUGGGCCGAGAUGGGUUGAUUCCUGUUCACAAAUGCGAUUGGAAGUGUGAAAAUGAACAUGUUUGUGGAAACAUGUAUCGUUGCAAACUAACUGGACUUACUCACAUCUGUGACAAAAACUGUAACCAAAGAAUUUUGUAUGAUAACCAUAGUUCACUUUGCAGAGCGAGUCGUCAAAUAUUUCAGCUUACAGCUGUAGAGGAGCAGGCUGUGAGAGGUAUUCGAAGGAAGGUUGAUGCUGAUAACACCACCUCCACAACUGAUAGUUGCUCUUUCAAGCGCAGACGACGGGAUGCACAGUUCCAGCCUUCUCCUUUCGAGAGAUCCUUCACCGCUGUCAGUCCGAUCUGCAGUCAAGUUGGAGAUGGCAUGGAUAUGAGCUAGAGAUAUAUACAUAAAUGCGAAGAUGUUAUAUUACUUACUUAUCUUAAUCUUGUUUCUUUAUAAUUUUCCCUUUUUUUUUUCUCUUUUCUUGGAACAAAUCUGGAUGAUAGAACUUUAUGUGAGAUACUUAAAUGGUGGACCUGAUGUGUCCUGCCCCGUAUGUAGGGACAAUCUAUAUUUCUAGUCUUCUUUAAUGCAAUUUAGAUCUUCCUUUA